AUGUGGAAAGUCAGCCCCGAAUUCGAGAAAACCCAGGCAUCACGACCGGACUUCGACCAUGAUGCAAAGGUCACAUACACCAAAUCACCAAAUCCCACCUGGCAAGAAGGCGAAGGGGCCAAUGAUGGAGGCGAGAGUUUGAAAAAAGACCACGUCGAAAUCGAUCCGAACGAAGAGGGCCGUCCCGCUGCCUCGAACUAUAAACUCCUGAUCUCUGGCAUGGUCCCACGCCCCAUCGCACUCAUCAGCACCCAAUCUUCAGAUGGAAAGACUAGCAAUCUGGCUCCGUUCAGCUAUGCACAGGUCAUCAACCACGACCCGCCCCUGUUCACGGUCGGCUUUGCGGGAUCCAUGGACAAGGCCAAGGACACGAUGAAGAACUUGAAUGAAACCAAGGAGUGUGUCAUCAAUAUCAUCUCAGAGCACUUUGUGGAAGCGGCCAAUUCCACAUCGAUCAACGCGCCCUAUGGUGUCUCGGAAUGGGAGACUUCCGGUCUGCAUCAGGCACCGACGUCCGUUGUCAAGCCGGCGCGUGUGAAGGAGUCGAUUCUCUCGAUCGAGGGCAAGCUGGUGGAGACCAGGGAGUUUGAAAGUAGACAAACGCCUGGUAAGAUAACCGGUGUGCUGGCUAUUAUUGAGGGUGUUCGUUUCUGGGUUCGAGAUGAUGCUAUUGAUGAGGAACGGACCAACAUUGAUCUGAAGGUUCUGAAGCCCAUCAGUCGGUUGGGUGGCAUCUCUUAUGGUCGUACAACUGAGGCUCUGGAGAUUCCUAGACCUCAGUUCUAG